AACAUGGCGCGCGUGGAGCACGUUGUGGCGGACGCCGGGGCUUUCUUAAAGGACGCGGCCCUGCAGGACAUCGGGAGGAACAUCUACACCGUCCGGGACGUGGUCAGCGAGAUCCGCGACCGGGCCACGCGCAGGCGGCUCGCGGUGCUGCCCUACGAGCUGCGGCUCCUGGAGCCCUGCCCCGAGUACGUGCGCCUGGUGACUGAAUUUUCAAAGAAAACUGGAGACUACCCCAGCCUCUCUGCAACAGAUAUACAAGUGCUGGCGCUUACUUACCAAUUAGAAGCAGAAUUUGUUGGAGUGUCUCACCUAAAGCAAGAGCCAGAAAAGGUUAAAGUGAGCUCCUCUAUUCAGCACCCGGAAACUCCUCUGCACAUUUCUGGUUUUCAUCUGCCCUCCAAGCCUAAUCUCCCACAAGAAAAAGUAGAUCAUGGCCACCAAGUCGAUGAUCUGGAGGACCUCGAGUUCAGCUCCUUCAUGUUCUGGAGGAACCCUCUGCCUAACAUUGAUCAUGAGCUGCAGGAGCUGCUGAUUGACAGAAGGGAUGAGGAGCAGGAGGAGGAAGAUGGAUUCGAAGAAGGCAAAGAUGAAGACAGCGAUGGUGACGAGGGUGGGUGGAUAACCCCCAGAAACAUCAAGCAGAUCCAGCAGGAGUUCAAGCAGUGUGAUGUCCCAAAGGAUGUGAGGGUUGGCUGUGUGACUACAGACUUCGCUAUGCAGAAUGUGCUGCUGCAGAUGGGGCUGCACGUGCUGGCAGUGAGCGGCAUGCUGGUCCGCGAGGCCCGGAGCUACAUCCUGCGCUGCCAUGGCUGCUUCAGAACCACGUCAAACAUGAACCGAGUGUUCUGUGCACACUGUGGGAACAAAACCCUGAAGAAGGUGUCUGUGACAGUCAGUGAUGAUGGCAUUCUACACAUGCACUUCUCCCGCAACCCCAAAGUGCUGAACCCUCGGGGCCUCCGGUACUCCUUGCCCACUCCCAAAGGGGGCAAAUAUGCUAUUAAUCCGCAUCUGACGGAGGAUCAGCGCUUCCCUCAGCUGCGCCUUUCCCAUAAGGCCAGGCAGAAGACCAAUGUGUUUGCCCCUGACUAUAUAGCCGGAGUGUCUCCCUUUGCAGAGAAUGACAUCUCUAGUCGUUCAGCCACCCUGCAGGUCCGGGACAGUACUUUGGGAGCCGGGAGGAGACGCUUAAAUCCCAAUGCUUCCAGAAAGAAGUUUGUGAAGAAAAGGUGAGGUGCAAGCCCCUAGGGCAAGCUGGUUGCUGUGCGGCUGGUGUCCAUUGCAGCUGUGCCGUCUGCAGAACCUCUCGAUGGAAGCAAUAGACUGGGCUUUUCACAUGACUCACCAUGUUAUGCUGGGGUGUGGUGGGACAUUGGUGCCUCUUGGCCUGUGAGCUUGCAAAGCAAGGACUGCCACCAUGGGGAGAGGAAUGUGAUGAAAGAACCGUGGCCUGGAGCAAACUUUAAACCUUCAGAGAAAGGUGUUCCCAAAUAGUAAUAUUAUUCUAAUAAACAUGGUUUCAAAUACUGUA